AAUUGCAGAAUUGUUUAACUUUGUCACUGACAAAACAAAUUUAAUAUGAUUUAGUUAAAUAUGACCCGUGUAUAAACUUUAAACGUUUUAUAUAUGUGCGAGUGUCAGUGAAAUGUGAUGGUGGUGGUGUACACAGUAUGAGCACGUGGAUGGCGCUGUUCGGGCUAGUGUGGCUGCUGCGAGUACGCGGAUCUUUAUGCGGAUGCACAGCAUGCAAGCGUGCUCGACUUGAAACACAAGACAUCCAAUAUAGGAGACCGUCGAGAGUUUCGAGCACGCCAUGUCCUGACGAAGAGGCAUCGGGCACACAGCGUGUGCCCAGUCCUAACGAGCGAGCGACUUUUGACGUUAUCGCACUACAGAGGUUCACGAGAGAUGUCACUGUACAGACUGAUUUCGAUGAUGAUGAAAUAGAGGACUUAGACAAAAUUGAGCUGCAAAUUAAGGAAGAAUCGAACGUUAGCAACUACGAAAGCGGGCGUGAACAAUCGACGCUGAGUCCGGAAGCCAGUGAAAAGGUCGUAGGAAGCUUUCAGUAUUUAAUGCAUCAUAGUACAUCUAAUCCCGACGAUGUUUGGGAAACGACGGAUGUGACACUUGAACGGGGUAUUAGUGGCCUAGGGCUGAGUAUAGCGGGUAGUGAGAGCGGCGGUGACGUCAGCAUUACUCGAAUAGCACCGAAUGGCGCAGCUAAGAACGACGGCCGUCUGCAAACCGGCGACAUCUUGCUGCAGGUAAACGACAUCUCCGUAGAAGGUGCUCCACACUCUGUUGCAGUCGAUGCAUUACAAAAGGCUGGAAAUGUUGUGAGAUUAAGAGUUAGAAGAGCUCGUAGAGCAAUGGUUGUAACACUCUGUCGUGGAAUACGGGGAUUAGGAUUAGGUAUCGCCGGUGGAGCGGACGAUGCUGCAGGAGGUGAAGGCAUUUUCAUAUCUCAUAUUGCUGUUGGAGGUGCCGCCCACCAUGACGGUAGAUUAAAGCUAGGAGAUAAAAUUUUAGCCGUCAAAGAUGAAAAUGGAAUUGAAACGUCGUUGAUAGGAGUUACUCAUGCGAUGGCCGUCUCAGCGUUGCGUAGUACAGGAGAUCACGUCACAUUAGUGGUUCUGCCAGCCGCUGGGUCUAUUCCGCCCGUUGCUCGGACCGCACCAUUGUAUUCUACAAGAACCCAAGCCACAUCCUGCUCCACCCUUCAUGAUCUAUCCGAAGAGGAGCUCAAUAAAAUACCCAGAUGUGUGCGCAUGGUGCGACUGGUACGUACGGGUUCCCGAUUAGGAAUGGAUAUAGUUGGAGGUUUGGGAGGUGAAGUGGAUGGUAGCAUUGGUCCGGAAGACGAUACCUGCGGCGUAUUUGUAUCCGGCGUGUCAACUGAAGGAGCGGCUUAUGGGUUGCUUCACAGGGGUGAUAGAAUACUGAGUGUUGAUGGACGAGAUCUAACACGUGCGACUCACGAGCAGGCAGCAGCUGCAUUAAAGUAUUCAGGCAGUGCUGUCACCAUAGCUGCACAAUAUCAACCGGAGCACUACGAAAGGCUGCGCGCGCGCAUACGGGCAAUCAACGCAGCAGCUUUGUCUCCACGCACACACUCACGUAUAGCCACUCAUAUACCAGUUCAUCCUGAUGUCCACGCCAGCUAUCCAAGGUAGCAGUGACACAAUUGUGAAAUAGAAUAUUCUUAAACAUAAGACCGUAGAUAGUGGACAUACAUUGUGGAUUUAUAUAAGUAUGACUGUUUCUAUUGUACAACAUUUGUAAAUAAAAUCAGCUAUUAAAAUUUGGUGGUUUACCGUUAAAUAAGACACGUUAUUUAAAUUUAAUAACUAAAAUAUAAAAAAAUACUUUUUUUUUUUGUUCUAACUUUAAUAUUUUACAAUCCAAAGUAUACUUUUAAUAAAAGUAUACGUUAUCUUUCAAUGUUUGUGUAAUUAAAUUACAUGAGACCAACUAUGUACGGUACUUGCGCGUAAUAAUAAGCUUCAUUCGACAAUGCUUUCGUUUCAGUCAAAAUACCGGUGGCCGUAACAUGCCCGAGGGAUUAUUGUAAGAUAUUUUAACAGGGAUUUUCUUUUUCAUCAUAGUAUGUAAUUGAUAUCUAAUGUGCUAAAUAAAACGAACCAUAUGUUUAAUUUUAUACUGAAACUAUUUUUGUUGUAUCAAAUGAGUUCAGCUAUAAUAUUCUAUUUGAUGAUGAGAAAUUUAAAAUGUUAUUUGCACUGCUUUAUGGCCACCUUUUAAUUUUUGUUCUAAAUUUAAAAAUAAUUCUCAUUAUUGAUCGCACCAUUUUGUUAUAUUUUAAUAAUAAUUAAACACUUUGAUUGUUAGAAUCAAUUCUAUAUCAUUCAUUGUAUCGAUGUAAUGAUAAUGUUUUGGAACUGUGAUACUAAAAAUAAAUGUAAUGAGUUAUUAUUUAACUGUAAAAAAUAAAUAUACAUGAU